AUGACUAACUUAGCUUUGAAAUUUAGACAGCUAGAAAAUCAAUAUCCCUUUUUAAGCAAGGUUUGGGAUGUGCAUGAUAAUUUCGAUGAACCAGUGGAUGUAUCUACAACAAACAUAUUGUAUCAUAGGUUUUGUAACCCAAUUGAAAGUUUUGUGAGAAAGGACAAAAAGAAGCACUUUGAAGUGUGUGUAAAACUUGUAAGAAAUUUGAAGUUAUUUUGCAAUAAUCCAGGAGAAUGCAAAUUUAAUCUUAAAGAUUGUAACAAUUUAAACAACUGGUUAUUUAUUUCCAUAGUAAAAUAUAAACUUAAUCCGUACAUUUUUAAUAGUAUUUUCCAUUUGAUUAAAAGAAUAUCUCCUAAUCUAACAUAUCUGAAUGAGUGUCCAUAUUAUUUCUACGGUAAAAAUUAUUUAAAACCCCUUUCCAUUGUAAUGCUAAAUAUAUUUGAGUCUAACAUAGAUCUUAUUAGGGCUACACUGAUAGGUCCUAAAGAUAAAAUUUACUGCAGUUGUCAAGAUUUUGUCUAUAAAUUGGUAAAAGCUUAUAGGAAUAUUAAUAGUAAAUAUUGCCCUGCAGGCAGUAUUAAUCUUAGAGGUAAUAAAGAAAAAACAUGUUCAUUUUUAAGAAAUUUUGAGAUAGCAUAUGAUACAUAUCUUAUAAAGGAUGAAUUAAUACAACAGAAAAAAAUACAACUACCAUCAUUAAAUCCUGAAGAGGAUAUGGCAUCAUUCCUUUGCACGCCGGAUGUUGAUAUUCAGCAAUCACUAGAUACAAAUAAAGAGCAAAUUCUACCUGAAGAACCUGUAGACUUAAUUCAAUCAGAAUUCGAUGAAGAAAUAAUAUUACUACCGGACUCAGAAUCAUUAUUUACAAGUGUAUCUAUAAAAAGUAUUCUACCGACAGCUAUUGUUACUACUGCUUCAGUUUUUUCCUUUUUAUUUUUAAUAUAUAAGUUCAAUCCAAUUAGUAACAUGUUUCAUUCUAGAAAAAGAGUAAAAAAAAUGACAAAUAUAUAUGAAGCAAAUAAUAUAAAAGCAUUAUUAAACCACAAACAUAAUACAGUGGAUAUGAACUCAUAUAAUCAGAGAUAUGACAUAGCAUAUAGAAAUAUAUGA